CAGAUGAGCAAACAACAAAUAAAUAAAUACGUCUCGCAGAUGUAAAUGCAGAUGACAAAUAGACGUAUCUGUGAUGUACGAGUGCUAUCGGUGAUAACUAUUAAUAAGCAGCAAAUACCACACAUACAUCACGGAGACAUCAAAUAGACGUUCAGAAGAUGUCUUUAAGAUGUUUAUGAUUUAGAAUGCACGUAAAAUUGACAUCUUACAGAUGUUUGCACAGAGCAGAUGCUUUCCAGAUGAAGUGAUCUUUAACAGACCUCUUGCAGACGUACAUGUGCUGUCUAGAAUAGGAGUUUAUUGAGGCAACAUUCAUAGUUUAUAGUUAGUUAAUAGUGAGAACUGGACCUUGAAAUAAAGUAUGACCUAUAUUUUCAACUGGGUGAGAAAAAUAUGCCUUCAAAAGUGCAUUCAUUCAUUAAUUCGUUCGUUCAUUCAUUGCAUCAGCAUCAUUGCACAUGUUUUGCUGCAUCCUCAUUGCAUUUACAGGCUUUAACCAGCAGAUAUCCUCUGCGAGCACAUCGAAACAGCAAAUCACUGCGUGCUUUGAUUCUCAAGACAAAAGUUGAAAGGUUCCGAGGCGUCUAAAGGCUGUAGAUGGCAGUAAUGUGCUGAAUGGCGUUCAGUCUCACAGUCCACACGAGAGAAGCAGCAGAUGUGUGUCUGUGGAGCUCCAUCUGUCUCAAGCUCCUCUCUCUCCGUUGUGUUUUCUGAACUAGAACAGCUAUGGACGGCGAGGAGGAAAGCAAGCCUAUAGACCGGAUGGAAGUGAAAGAAGAAAGUGAAGAACUGACUGAAGUGCAUCAAUAUCAGGAUCACAAAACGCAAGACUCUUUCAUCUGUCCUCAGUGUGGGAAGAGUUUCACACAGAAAGCUCACCUGAAGGAUCACAUACGCAUCCACAUCGGAGCGAGGCCUUUCGGGUGCAUUCAGUGCGGAAAGGAUUUCACACAGAAAACAAACCUGAAGGAGCACAUGAGAAUACACACCGGAGAGAAACCAUUCGCGUGCCAGCAGUGUGGAAAGAGCUUUACGCAAAAAGGCCAGCUUAAGAAUCACAUCCGAAUUCACACCGGAGAAAAGCCUUACGCGUGCCAAGAGUGCGGACGGAGUUUCACGCAAAAAGGCCAGCUGAGAAACCACAUCAGAACUCACUCUGGCGAACGGCCUUUCAUCUGCUUACAGUGUGGAAAGAGUUUUUUGCACAAAGGAACCCUUAAGGAUCACAUACGGAUCCACACCGGACAACGAUUGUUCAUGUGCGCUCAGUGCGGGAAGAGUUUCACACGUAAAGCCAUCCUGAAGAAUCACCUGCGCAUUCAUUCCGGAGAAAAGCCCUUCAUGUGCCUUCAGUGCGGGAAGAGUUUCACGAAAGCGGCGUAUCUCCGGAUCCAUCAGCACUCGCAUUCCCAAGAACGACCGUUCGACUGCCGUCAGUGUGGGAAAAAAUUCACUUCUGCAUUACAGCUAAAAAGGCACGUGAAAAUCCACGCGGAUGAGAAGUCGUACCCGUGCUGUUUUUGCGGGAAGACUUUUUCCAUGCUGGAAUAUUUGAAGAAGCACGAGAAAAUACACACCGGUGUGAGAGCUCACGUGUGCUCCGAGUGUGGAAAUGUGUUCUCCACGAUCACCUUCUUGAAAGAGCACCAGAGGACUCACACUGGAGAGAAACCGUACGCGUGUGCUCACUGCGGGAGGCGUUUCACUCAUUCCAGCACUUCGAAGAGACACGAGAGAAUGCAUACUGGAGAGAAGCCGUAGUGCCCGAGUUUCAAGGCAUCUAAUACUCUACUCAGACAUAGAAACAAAUGCUGCCAGAAGCUGCUGUCUCAGUGAGCAGAGAGCAAUUACUAGGGCUCCUGACUGCACCUGUAGUAUUGUUCUGUGACUCACUAGAUAGUGUGCAAACUAGCUUUGACCAUGCAGCGUGAUUUAUUUUUAUAUUCAUAUAGUGUGAAGUGCUUUAAAUUCUUAACAAAAGUCUGUUAGAAAGUCCCUGUGAAAAUCUGACACUACAAAUCCACUUUAACGCUAUGUUUCCAUCCAAAGAUGCGAAUUUAACUUAUGCGCAAAACUGGAAUAUCGCAU